CCAAAUGCCUUUCUAGUAUCAGAUAACAAGAUGAGGUUUGUAGUGAUUGGUUUGGUUUGUGCCUUCGUUGCAGUCGCUGUUGCGGCCCCAGCCGACAAGCCCGAGAAGGAGGAGGACAAGUCGAUCCUUCACUCAGAAAUGAAGAACUUCGAUGAUGGAUCUUAUUCCUGGUCUUACGAAGCUGCUGACGGAUCAAUCCGGGAGGAAAGUGCAACUCUUAUCACUGAACCAAACAAGGAACCUUACCUUCAAGUUCGCGGAUCAUACCGUUACAUCGACUCAGAGGGCAAGGAAGUUGUAAUCCAAUAUAGCUCCGAUGAUCACGGUUUCAACCCAGAGGGCUCAACUAUUCCAGAAGUGAUCAGUGAAACAGCCAAGAAUCUUGGAAAUCUUCCACCAGAGGAAGACUAAGUUUUGUCUAGUCAAUUUGUUGUCCUUUGUAUAUUAAUUUUUAAUGAUAGUGUUAUUGAUUAGUGAGAAAAGUAACGAAUGACUGAAUUAGAGAAGAAAAUAAAAAUUAAUAGUCGAUGAAAA